AUGGUCUCCACAAGAGUCAUCACCAUCGGACUCAGCACAAUAGUCCACCAAGACGACUUCUACAAACCCGAAAACCUCCUCCCCCUCGACCCCAAAACAGGCCUCGCCAACUGGGAUUGCCCCGAAGCCAUCGAUUUCCAAUCCCUCAUCAAGACACUCCAUCACGUCAAGGAGUAUGGGGAGUUUCCGGAAGGCUUUGAUUCUCUCGAGGAUAAGAACCCUGUAGGGUCCAAGGAGAAAUCUACGCCGAUCCCACAGAAUGUUUUGGAUUCAUUAGGGGAUAGGAUCAUGGCCGAGGUGUCCGAGGGAUCAGGGACGACCAAGUUUGUGAUUCUGGAUGGGUUCAUUCUUUAUGUGGAUGAGCAGUUGAGGAACACGAUUGAUGUCAAGUUCUUCUUGACCGCGCCGUAUCAGGUCCUGAAGGACCGGCGCGAGUCUCGCAAAGGAUACGCAACCCUUGAAGGAUACUGGGAAGACCCUCCAGGAUACUUUGACGACAUUGUGUGGCCAAACUACCUGAUCUACAACGAGCCAUUUGCAAAACUGGCAGAUACGAUCGAGGCAGGUCAGGUCUCGGGAGCCUACGAUGCCAUGGAUGCGGAUAUUGGACUUCGUACUGAUCCCAUGACCCAAAAAGUCGAUGUGGUCUCCUCUGGCAAGGCUUCCAUCGAUGAUAUGGUCGAACUUGUCUCCAACCUACUCUCCAAGCGCCUUUCGGAGCUGUAG